CAAACCACUUCACCUUGAGUGGGCGGGAACAACGCGGAAGCGACGGGUUUACUGGAGCCAUUGAUGCGCUUCUUAUCGAAGACAAACCGAAGAAAUUUCUCCAUAUCUGCGGCUUCUCUUGACUGCAGCCAUGGCGUCUCACUCUCUCGCCCUGCCGAUGAUCUGCUUCACCACGUUGUGGGCGCUGGUGGGGGUCGUGGCUCCAUUUUUAGUGCCGAAAGGACCCAACCGCGGUGUGAUCGUCACCAGUCUCAUCCUCACAGCUGUCUGCUGCUACUUGUUUUGGUUAAUAGCCAUUCUGGCCCAGGCCAACCCACUGUUCGGUCCUCAGCUGAAGAAUGAAACUAUAUGGUAUCUGCGCUACUUCUGGGAGUAAACAGGAACCGCAUGACGCCAUGCCUCGUCAUUCCCACCUGCUGGUCUGCUGGAUUUUAUUUCAACGUUACUUUCCCCAAACGCAUCCACACACCCUCGCCUCUUGACUGCAGCCUUAUGUGAUUCAUAGGAAUCUUAGAUAUUUAGAAUAUACUGCAGCAUCUAGGAUCUAAGCUUUGAAGAAUACUAAUGGAGGUGUAUUUUUAAAACUAAACAGAGAUCAUCUUUUUUUGUGUUAAAACAUGUAGGAGCAGUUGUUAUUUUUACCUUUUGAAAAUGUGCAAUCUUUUACUAUAGCGUUUGUUGUUAUUUUGAAUAUUUUGUGCUGCUGCCAUCAGGGAACAUGCAUUUCUAUGUGUAUUUAUUUCGGGUUGAGGACACUAAUGUGAGCUUGAAGUAAUCAGUACAGUGUCGAUGAGGUCUUGUUAUAUAACUUGUGUUAUCUGUGAUGUAACUGUUUGUGUGUGUGCUUGAGUCAGUGUGAGCAUGGAGUUUGUAACUGAGCAUUCUAACACGAGAGUCUCCCAAAACUGCGAGUAAAGAGCAAUUCCCUUCACUUCAACAUGUAACUUCCUCCCACAUUCUUUAACAUGCGUCACACCAUGGAGGUCCCCGUUGCCAUGGUGAUCUCACCACUAAAUUCAGUCCUUAUCCACUUGGACCCUUUUGAUUAAGCGUUACCCUUAUUUCCUGCUGUCAGGUUGUACUGCAUGACAUGGUUUUGGUGGAAAUUGCUGCUUUUAGGUCUGCACUUUGCAACUUGAUCUUAACAAUAGCAUUUCUGCCAUUCUCCUCAUUUAAGUCGUGAUGUUUGAUUGGUUUUGACAAAUUUCUUGAUUUCUCCCAAAGCUCUGAAUCAGCAGGGCAGACUUCAUUUGUUCGCUGGAAAACAGUGGAAAAAAAAACAACACUUAAUAUAAGAUAAUAUAGACUUUAUCUCUCUAGUAUUAGUAUUCUGUAUAAGAAGUCUCGGAAUAGUUUUUUUGGAACAAUCCAAAAAUGCCACUGUACUGUAGGUGUUGGCCCAGGAGGUAAGCAGCUCUCCAUUUUGGUGCAAGUAACAUAGCAGCUUAUCUCAACAAAAAAUUAUACAAACAGCAGCAGACAAUGUCAUCUUUUGUUCAUAAGUUGAAAUGCUACCAAGCUGUUCUUAGCUGUAGCACAAAAAAACUGUAAAUAAUACAUCUAAAUAGGAAUUUUAUGCAUGUUAUUUCUUUUUACACACAAACUAUUGUUAGCUGGCGACCUGUCCAGGGUGUACCCUGACUCUCGCCCAUAGACUGCUGGAGGUAGGCACCAGCUCCCCCGCGACCCACUAUGGAAUAAGAGGUAGAAAAUGACUGACUGACUGACUAUUGUUAGCAGUGCAGCACAGCUAUUCUCUGCAGGAAGUUAGAAAAUUCUGGAUUUUCAAAAUGCUGAAAGCCUUUGCUUCAAAAUAUGUAGAAAUGUUUAUCAUGUUUGAGCCAUUUAUUUCUACUUUUUGCCCCUUUCCGAACAUAGUUCCACAAUUAACACACAACCAUGAUGGACACUAGAGGGUGAUAUGAUGUAUCCGCCCUGUAAGCCCCCACAGACUGUGCUGCUGCUGUGGUCUGUGCUUUUUAAUACGUCAUAGUUGGUCUACAGUCCCGUAUUACCCCGUAUUAGGUGAGUACUGGUUUAGUACUACCUCCUGAGAUGGAUCAGGGCAGAACUAUUGGUGGGUUGACUUCAACCUCGUAAUUUAUGUUGGCACCUUUCAGCUAAUCUUGUGGCAUAACAAACAGAUGCAGAUCAAACUGGUUCUGAAGCAGUGACAAACAUGUAGGCUUUGAGAGCUAGCUGUGGCACUCAUGCAGUGAUUUUUUUGACAUAUUCAAGAAAAAUCCAUGGCAGCCUGGCUUAUGCAAUGAUCAAAUUGUGAAUGCUGCAGUGUUAAAGGCAUAGGAAGGGGUGCCAAAGGGUUAUUCUCCUAUGGUGUCAUGUCUUCCUACGCCAGUGAAAUUUAAUGCAGAGAUGUGACAGAGGUAUCAAUUUCAGUGCUGGUGUUGAUAAGGGUGAUGUUUAAUAUUGGGGAAAAACUGCCACCAUAUUCAAAGUUUCUCCAGCAACGAGUCAUAUGCUGCCAGUGUUUGCUAUAUUUGCAGUGGCAGGUAAAGUAAUAGAAUUCUGGUAUUGACAUACUCUUAAGGAGUAUUUAUGCUGGUAUUUAUUGUGUAGAACACAUGUUGGGCCACAGCACCUCCUGGGAAGAUCCAUUUUCCCACAGCCUAUAUACAGUAUCACUGCUGAUCCAUCCACAUAUUCAGCACUCUCCUGCGCAGCUUUACCUGUAACAGUCCUCCAACACCUGUCCUGGCUCUUCAUUUUAACUCCACUCAUCGGUUCCUCCGACAUAUUAUACAGGCAUGAGGUAUUUUUUUUAAACCUGCCUCCUAUUGAAGCUUUAAGAGGGUCAUCUGCCAACCACAACCACAGCUACACUUCCCGCCUCCACUCCCUGUCUCCCAGUCUCAAACACCCUUCCCUCCCUCGUUGCCACGUCCUUCCCCGUCCGCCUCUCCAAAACCACUUUGCUUCAGCCAAAAAGAAACCAAAUCAAAAUACAGCUACUUUUUAGAAAGACCAAAUUGCGUUGUAUCUUUGCCCCAGCCCUUUGCUGUAGCUGUGGUGGUGGUUGCACAUGGUACAACAAGUUAGUUGGUGACUAUAAUGUGAUAUGCAUGAAAAAGGAUAUAAGGGAAACUGGCCUCCUAUUCCUGUAGGUUAGUUUUUAGUUUCGCUCCAGCAGAUUUUAUAAAGAUGAGUCCCAACUGUUAGAUGGACUGAGGUUUAGAGAGAUGUUAAAAGUGAUUUUGUUUGGGCUUUUUUAUCUUGUUGGGAUUACAUUCCCAUUCCCAAUCCCAUUCAUCCCCCAGCACCCCGAAGUUUCUUACAGACGGACAGUCACAUUUUCAGUGUCAGUGAAUCACCGGAGACCAAAUGGCAUCAAUCUCACCCAGCCAAACUCACCGAACUAAUGGAGGGAACAGCCAAGACUUCAGCUAAAUCCCUCCAAAACACACUGACUGUGAACAUACCCUAAUGAUUUGACAACUAUGUGGGAUUUUUAUCCUUUUCUGAUGCUUCUCUCCAGUUUUGGUGAUGACUGCCCACUACUCAGCUGUUAAAUGUUCCUGGCAGAAUCAAGAGAUAGAUAAUAUUAUGUGUUAGGAGUUUCCAUGGUAACUAAAAUCCAAUAAAUCACAAAUCUAAAUGUUAAAGGAAAUGGGAUAUGUAUGAUAUUUAUGUACCCUUGUAUUAUUGUGAUGUUUUUGGUGACAUUGUUGGUGAAAUACCCCAAUAAAGAAUUUUGGCUUGUA